UGAGUGAUGCGAGCUCUGUGAUUGGUCAGCAAGUGAUAUGUGCUCUGUGAUUGGUCAUUGAUAGAUGUGAGCUCUGUGAUUUGUAGGUGAGUGAUGUGAGCUCUGUGAUUGGUCGCUGAUAGAUGUGAGCUCUGUGUGAGUGAUGUAAGCCGUGUGAUUUGUCGUAAUGUGAGCUCUCUGAUUGGCUGUCCCUCAGCGCUGGGCGGGCCCACAGAGGAGGAGCUUCUGGAGCUGUUGGACCAGUGUGAUCUGGCGCUGACCCGAACACCUGACAGCACGCCCCGGGCCUCCACCUGCAGCCUGUACUCUCAGAUCGGAGACGUCCUCCGAAUGGAGCGCCUCCUCUCUCCUUCAGCGGGGGGUCACAGAGGAGGCGGAGCUUCUGGUUCCUCUGCCUCUCUGUGCGGCAGCCUCCCUCGACAAGCCCCGCCCCCUGUGCCUCUCUGUAAACCCGCCCCUCGAGACUCCGCCCCCUCAGGAGCUCCACAACAACAACAACCACAACAACCCCUCGCUAUCCCCGCCUACAACUCCAGCCCGCGGCCCCCCAGGCAGCGGGAGUGGGGGGGGUCGAUGCGGCGAGGCAGUUUCGUGGAGCGUUGCCAGGAGUUGGCGAAAGGCUCCGAGGCGGCGGGGGUUUCUGGGUUUGGGCCAGAGGGCGGGAGGCGGAGCUUAGCCGUGUGCACAGAACUCGAGGCCAGGUUUGGCCUCAGGACGCCGACCACCUUCUCUGUGUCGCCCGGAGCACGAAACUCCCCAGGAACGCCGGGAACGCCUUCUUCAUCGUCGUUGUUGUCCUUGACGCCUUCCUCUUCAUCGCCUUCUUCUUCGCCGCAUCGCAAGACCACGCCCACUCCGCCUACAAGCCCCGCCCCCCACCCCACUAUGAGCCCGACCCGUUCCCAAGCGCCCGCCUCCCCAAGACGUGGCGAUGAAACGUCUCCGGAUGAAACACCGGCAUCAACGGAGAGUUCUGACACCCCCCCUGCCAACGCCGGACCCCCCACCAGUCCCAAACCACACAUGAAUGAAACCAGCUUCUGAUUGGCUGUCAGACUGAUCCUUUGUUGCUAUAGUUUGGGUCUAACUAAUGUACUGGAUGCCAGGAGGAGAAGAAACAGCAGGAAAACAGAACUAUUUCAAACGGCGGAAAGUCUCCACUAAAGCUGCCCUCAUCAUUAAAGAGCUGCUGGGAUGUCGUAUUCCUGUGUUGGACCCUGAAGGCAGCAUCUCCCUGGUCCAAUGGGAUUCCUCCCUGUGGUUCUGGAUUAUUGCAGUAAAUAAUCUUUGUGUCAAACAAACGUUUAUGAUACUAACACGUCAUAUUAACAUCACUUUGACAUCAGCUUUUUAUAUUUUGUUUGUCAGCAAAUCUUUUCUAUCUGGGAGCUUUUUGUAUCCAUUAAAAAAACAAAACCCAAAAGCUAAAAAAGCUUGUUUUUUGCCCUGACUAAAUUCAUACUAAUGCUCAAAAUCACGUAGUCUUCAGCCUGAGCCUGAGCGCCUCACCGUCACAGCCAAUCAGCUCCUUUUGUUCUCUAAUUCACCAUCAAUGCUGCCAAAUUAACUUCUGAUGUCUAAAAAAUUAAAAUGUCUGUAUAACUUUUUUUUUACUCCAUAUUUUACUGAUAAUUUGCUGGAAAUAACUUUGUUUUUGGGGAAAUAAUUAUACUUUAAAGUAAUAUUGAAAACGUUAUAAUUGUAUAUUUGCUGAAUUGUAUUUUUCGCAUUUUGCAUGUUUGGGUUAGUUUUUAAGAAUUAUUUAUACCAUCAGUUUGUUGAAGCACCAUUUUGUUAUAUUUUCUAUUUACGGCUUCAUCGAAAUAUUACUUUUUACUUCACUUCACACAUUUUCUUUUUAAAAGAAAACAUAUAUUGAUCUCAUAAAUGACAUUAUAACAGAUUAUAUUACCCAGCAGUUUAUAAAGUAAUACAAAAAAAAUCUGUCACAAGAAUCAACACAAUAACUCAGACAUUACUGAUUUAAUGAAAUAUGUAUUGGGUUUUACUGAACACUUUAAAGGGCACCUAGUAUGCAAAAUCCACUUAUCCAUGUCUCUUCUACGUGGGGAGGGGCUCCUUAUUUUCAUCUAAAGUAACAGACA